AUGAUUCAUGAAGACAAUCAGUCAUGUAUCAAGAUGACGAAGAACCCAGUCAACCACGGCCGUGCCAAGCACAUUGAUAUCAAGUACCAUCACAUCCGUGAUGAGGUCAAGCGCGGUGAAGUGAAACUCAAGUACUGUGAAACUGCGGUGAUGUUAGCGGACAUCAUGACGAAGGGACUUCACAGUCCACGCCACAAGGAGAUGACGGCGGCUCUCGGAAUCUGUGCGUGUUCGCAUCGAGGGGGCGUGUUGACGGUCAUCGGUUUCCUACCAGUAUUGGUAACCUUGACUAGCCCAAUCCAAACCGCCUGUUCAGCUUAG